UACAAAACAGUCUUUAAGAUAAAAGCAAAGUGUUAACAACUUAAAACAAGUGCUAAACAAACAAAAAGAAAAAUAAUAUCUCUAGCGCAACAACAAGAUAAACAAAGUGUGUACUAGAAAAUAUACAAAAACAAAAAAAAAGCUAAAAUUUUUUUGGUGAAAUUUCAUAUUGUGUGAUUAAAUAAAUUAUAAAACAAAAAAUCCAACAUAAUGGCCGAUUCUAACAAGCGUAAUAUUCCUAUCAAAUUGGGUGACUUCAGCGUUAUCGAUACAGAAUUCAGCAGUAUUAGAGAACGUUUCGAUUCUGAAAUGCGUAAAAUGGAAGAAGAAAUGGCUAAAUUCCGUCAUGAACUCAUGAAUCGUGAAGCUAAUUUCUUCGAAAGCACCAGUACAACAAAAAAGACAACAACAAAAAGCUCAACUACAAAUUCUGCCCUCUCCUCCAGACCUAAACAAAAUUACAUUUCGGACAUCAGUUCUCCCUUGAUUCAGGAGGAUGGUGAUAAUAAAGUAUUGAAAUUACGUUUUGAUGUCAGUCAAUAUGCCCCCGAAGAAAUUGUUGUCAAGACUGUUGACCAAAAAUUAUUGGUACAUGCCAAACACGAAGAGAAAUCCGACACAAAGAGCGUCUACAGGGAGUACAACCGUGAAUUCUUGUUGCCCAAGGGUGUUAAUCCCGAAUCCAUUCGCUCUUCUCUCAGCAAGGAUGGUGUUCUAACUGUAGAUGCUCCUUUGCCGGCUCUUACUGCUGGUGAAACCAUGAUUCCCAUCACUCACAAGUAAAUGCAACGAUAAACAACUCCUAACCAACAACAGUUUACAGUUAAACUUACAACAUCAAAUGUGUGCUACUCCAAAUCAUCACAACUAUCAACCACCAAAAGAAAAAAAUCAAAUAAAACUUUAGGCAACUUCUUUUUUUUUAAAUUCAUAACUUAGCUUUUUAUCUUGGAAGCUGCUCUUACACAGGAGUAGUAUGAUUUGUGAAUAAAAAAAGCUAGAAAUGUUCUUAAAUUUAUUUAAUAA